AAUCAUUACCCGGGGAAGGUUGACGAGCGUGCCGUGGGGGAGAGGAGGAGGCGAUUUUAUAUACUUUGCUUCUGAGAUCGUGUAUAAACUGAGCUCAUAAACCUCAGAUCGGAGUAACCCACAAUUCCAUGGCGGCGAUUUACAGCCUCUAUAUCAUCAAUAAAUCCGGCGGUCUCAUUUUCUAUAAGGAUUAUGGAUCAGCCGGAAGAAUGGAUACUAACGACAGUUUGAGGUUAGCGAGUCUCUGGCACUCGAUGCACGCCAUCUCGCAGCAGCUCUCUCCCGUUUCCGGCUGCUUUGGAAUCGAGCUUCUUCAGGCUGAUACUUUCGAUCUUCACUGUUUCCAGUCUCUUACUGGUACUAAAUUCUUUGUGGUCUGUGAGCCUGGAACUCAGCAUAUGGAGAAUCUCUUGAAACAUAUAUAUGAGUUAUACACAGAUUAUGUCUUGAAGAACCCUUUCUAUGAGAUGGAGAUGCCAAUUCGAUGCGAGUUGUUUGAAAUAAGUUUGGCACAGGCUGUACAGAAGGAGCGAGUCUCCUUAUUGGGCAGAUGAUCUGCAACAUCAUAACCUGCUACCAGGCUUUCUUGUGUUCAUGCUCGUUCUAUAGCAAGCUCGUUUCGAUUAUUUUCUGGUUCUGUUUGAAACCCAUGAUAGAAGGUAAGGUGAUUCAGUUUUAGAAAACACAGAUUUGUAUAUGCACAUGCUUCCUGUCGAGGCCGAUUGUUUUAAAUUUCAGAAUUCUGAACUCGUGCUGAGCAUGGGAAAUGCAUGUUUAUUUUCGGAAUUAAUCUAUGGAUCCAUAUUAUGAGUAA